ACUAGUAAUUAUCACCCAAUGUUUUUCUUAAUUUUACGCUUAGCAUUUAUAAUUAUUAUAAUAUAUCUAACCAGCCCUGGUUCAAGCCUAUUUUCUUGGCAUCCAUUUAUGAUGGUCUUGGGGUAUCUGGGUUUUAUGCUGGAAGCUGUAGGAGUGUUUGCAAAGCCACCUAAACUGUCUACAGAAGACAAUUUGAAUAUACUCUCAAAUGUAUUAGCUCCUGGUACUAUACUACCAUAUAACAAUAUUUCAUGGCUCUCUAAGCGUAGUAUUAGGAUAAACAUACAUGCUCUUUGGCAAGUGGCUGCAUUGACAUGUGCCUGCAUUGGCUUUAGUGCCAUUUACAUUAAUAAAAACCAAAAUAAUAAACCACAUUUUGUUACUUGGCAUGGAUUGUGUGGUCUUUUAACCCUUGUACUUACAAUGCUCAAUUUUACAGGUGGUUUGAUAACUAAAUACUAUUUCUCCAUUGCUCAUUUUAUAACCAAAUCUAAAAAUAUCAAUAAAUUUUAUUCAUUGUUAAAAACUUUUCAUGCUCUUACAGUCUUAUCCAUUUUUAGUUUUCAUUGUAUUACUGUAUAUUUGAUAUAUUACUCUAAUUGGAUUAAACAAUAUCAAAAUACCUUAGUACCUUAUGUUUUUGCUAUAGUGCCCUUAACUUUUGCUUUAAUUUUCAUUUUAGGUUAUGGUGUGAAUUAUUUAAACAAUCGUAUAUUUAAUAAAAAUAAUAAUUUAAUUUCUUCAGUUAAAACUAUGCUCAAACAAGAUUCUUAAUAUAUAUAAUUGAUUAUAAAUAUUUUUAUCCAGCAGAUUUUAUUAUAUUUUUGUAACUCCACAUGCAUUGUUAAAAAAUAUGGCAAUAUUAACAUAUUUAAAGCAUAUAAUUCUUAUUUAGUGAUAUUGUUUAUAAUUUUUUAUUAUUUUUUUGAUAUGUUUUAUUAUAUAAUUUAUUUUUAUUGAUAUGCAAAUUUUAUAGGAAUAUAAAUACAUUAUUUAUUUUUUUUA